AUGUCGGCGUUGCCGGACGAGCUCUGGACAAAGAUCAUGGAAAUCGGAAUCAACGGACGGACCCUCGAUUACAAGAACCUCUGCUGCCUCUCCAUCACCUGCCGCCGCCUCCGCCGCCUUGCCGCCGACGAUGCUCUUUGGUCCCUUCUUCUCCUUUCCGACUACCCUUCUUCCGGAGGCGAUUCAAGUUCGAGUAACAGAGAUGUUAAAAGUAGCAGCCGCACCUCGCCUUCAGCUGUCAACGGCAAGUUCAAGAACAUCUACAAAAUUAGUUAUGAGAAGGACAGAGAACGAAAGCGCUUAGCACAUAGGCGAGCUGUUCUGAGAAUCGAGAGCCAAAUAGCCGAGCAUUCGAGGAAAAUUCAGGAGAUAAAAGUCGGUACCUCAGAUGAGAAAGAAAAAAUGAACAAGGCAAUUGUUGAGUUGUCGAAUCUACGUAAGAUUAGGCAAGCUUCUGUUGCGUUGAAUGUUUGGCAGCCGGAAAUUAUCCGGGGCAGGCAAAAAGAGAUGGUUCAGCAGAUUAACGUGCCUGUCGAUAUUCGAAUCAAUGCUCUUGAGAUGGAAAUUAACCUAUGCAAGCAACAAAUUGCGGGGUUCGAUAAGGCCCUUAAAGUAGAGAAAAGAAGGCUUCGAACAGCUAGAGAAGAGCUGGGUUCGGUGAAAUAUCAUCCUUUGCGUGAAUUUGGUAGCUCUACUGACCAGCUAGAUCUACGCAGGAUUAGAAAUAAAAAGUCCAAACAUAGUUCAACAGGGACAUCCUAA